AAAACUCGGCGGCAGUCGUGAUGGAACCACUGAAUACGCGUCAUACCAUUUCCACGCAAUUAUAAUUUUUUUUUUUUUUUAAAUAAAUCUCUACAAAAAUACAUUACAUGGUUGUAAUUUAUUUUUUUAUUUUUUUAAAAUAUCGUGGAAUAUAAUUUAUGUAUUAUAAAAACAAAAAAAAUACAUUUAUACAGUGAAAAUGAUUAAAAACUAUAAACAUGUGAAAUUUAUAAAAAAAAAUAAUUAAAAAGUGAUGAUCAAAGUUAAUCUAAUAUUCUAAUUUUUACUGUGUUAAUAAUUUUUUUUUGUUCUUUUUUUUCAAAUAUAAAAAAAUGAUUUUUUAAUUUUUAAAAUUGUGACUGGUUGAUUGUAUUUUAAAAGUCGUUAAAUAAGGGAGAAUAAUUUGAUUAAAUAAUAUUACGAAGAAGAAAAUUUCUUGUUAAUUUCGUUGUGAUAAAAUAUAAAAAAUAUUAAGUGAAUAAAAAACAAGUAUACCCUUAACACUUACACUCUUGUUUAUGAGAUAACAUUACAGCAAGGUGUAUAGGUGUGAAAUAAUAUCAUCAAGUGUUGGGCACGCCUAUUUUGAUAACACUUAGAUAAUCGAUUUUGAACAAGUAACUAGCCAGGGAUCAUGUCCAGCAAAUAAAGUGUGGUAAUGAGCCAACUGAAAUUUCAUAUAACAUCGAAAAUUGAAUUUAUACUUGAAAUAACAAUGUGUGCAAUAAAUAUUAAAUGACCAAUUGCAAAAGAAAAAAAAAUGAUAAUAAAAAUAAAAAGAAAAAAGCUGUCAAUAAAAAUAUUUAAUUAAUAAAAAAGUUUAUUAUAAAUUUGAAGAACAUAGAAAUUUAUAAAAAGCUUUUUAGAUAAUAUUAAAAAUUGAUUUGUCAAUAUUAAUUACAAGAAAGAAAUUUUAUUUAAAAUGGAUAAUUUACUGAAUAAAACAACAAUAACCAGAUUGAUUGAUACAGCUGAUUUAAAUAUAACAAAUUGUACAAUUAUUGAUGAUAAUUGUAAUGAUAAUUUAAUUGAAAAUAUUGUUGCAAUAACUGUGACAAUAUUUUUUGGUUCAAUUGGAAUACUUGGACUUGCUGGUAAUUCACUUGUUGUUAUUGUUGUUGCACUUAAUCCUGGUAUGAGAUCAACAACAAAUAUAUUAAUAAUUAAUUUAGCUGUUGCUGAUUUAUUAUUUGUUAUAUUUUGUAUACCAUUUACUGCAACUGACUUUGUUCUUAAUUAUUGGCCAUUUGGUAAUGUUUGGUGUAAAAUUGUACAGUAUAUUAUUAUUGUGACAGCAUGUGCAAGUGUUUAUACACUUGUACUCAUGAGUCUUGACAGAUUUCUUGCUGUUGUUCAUCCAAUAGCAUCAAUGACAGUUAGAACCGAAAAUCAUGCAUUUUUGGCAACUUGUAUUGCGUGGCUUGUUAUACUUAUAUUAUCAAUACCAGUGAUUAUUGUUCAUGGAGAGGUACCUCAUCAUUUACAAGAAGACAAAAGAGUUUGUAGAAUAUUACCUGAAGUAAAUUGGCCUUUAUUUCAAAUAACAUUUUUUCUCUUUAGUUUUUUGAUACCUUUAACACUAAUAAGUGUAUUAUAUAUAUGUAUGCUUGUUCGAUUAUGGCGAAGUUCACGUGGAAGUGCUGAAAGUCGUCGAGGUAGACGAAGAGUUACUCGACUUGUACUUGUUGUUGUUGGUGUAUUUGCUGUAUGCUGGUGUCCACUUCAGGUGAUACUUGUUGCUAAAUCAAUCGGUUACUAUCCAGAUAAUCCAAUGAAUAUUAUGCUACAAAUAACAAGUCACGUUCUAGCAUACAUGAAUAGCUGUGUAAAUCCAAUAUUAUAUGCAUUUUUAAGUGAUAAUUUUCGUAAAGCAUUUAGAAAAAUAAUUUACUGCAAACCAAGAUAUGAUCCAAAGGCUCUUGGACCAUCAACUAAAACCACUCGAGCAGCAAGUAGUGGUGAUCUUCUUUAAAAAGCUUUGGUGAUUGAAAAAAGAAAAAGGUGAUUUGUAUUGUGCUUUCUGAGUGAUGACCAUCAACACUAGAAGGAUUAAAAGUCAAUAGACUUAACAACAUAUAUACUACUUUGUCAUUCAUGAAGGGGUUGGGUUGAACUACAUACGAUCAACAUAUAUACACGUCAUAUAUUGACUAUGUUUAAUGCUUGUUAAAUUUAUCCAUCAAUGGUAAACAUAAUUUAAAAAAAAAAAAAAAUACACAACAAACAUUAAAGUUUCAAAAUAAAUUGUGAAAAAAAAAUUAUAAAUGUAAAUAGUAAUUAAAAUUUAUAUAAUAAUAUUAGAAAAUUUAAAUAUAUAUAUUAAUAAAUGUGUAUAAAUAAUAAUAGUUUUGAAAUUACAAAAUAAUUAAUUUCAAAAUUGUGAAAAAAAAAAAAAAACAAAAAGAUAAAAUUUGUCAAUAACAAUUAUUGAUGUAACAAUUAUUUCUUUAACAAUGUGAUAUUUAGAGAAAAAAAUUUAUAAUUGUUCAAGAAAUGUUUAUAAUCUCGUGUUUAUUUUAUUGAAAAAUUAUUAUUAUUAUUAAUUGCAUACUAGUUAUUGUUAUAGUGAAAAAAAUUUUUUAACGUUUUUUUAUUUGUUAAAUUGGAUGAAUUUAUUUAUAACAAUAGAGAUGAAUAUUUAAAAAAUUUAUUUUAUAUAUUUUAUAGGCUGAUCAAGACCGAUCCAAUGGAAAAUCCUAAACCAACGACUUCGUAAAUUUUUAUAUUUUAUUUUAUAUUUUUGUUGUAUAUUAUUAUUAUUAUCGUUCAUUAUAUUUUUCCCUUUUUCACCAAAAAUAACUCGUAUUAUUUAUAUAAUUUUUAAAUAAAAAAAAUCAUAUAGAAAUUAAAAUUAGAUAAUUAUUCUGAGUGUCUAGACUGACUGUAAAUCAUUGUCAUCAAAUAAAUGUAAUAAAUAAAAAAAAAACAUCAGAAAAAAUCAAGAAAUAAAUAAAUAUUGAAAAAAAAAAAAA